CCAGGUCCUAGCAGGGGGCAGGGCUGGCUGAGGGGGAGACAGCCCCAUGCAGCCCUACUGCUGGAGCGCUCCUCGCUCCGCCCGGCAGACAGUGUCACCUCCCAGGGGGGCCAGGCUCUGCAUCGCCCUGUGCCUGUGGGGCACCGUGGCCCAGAAUAAUGGCGUACAAGGUACCACUGAGGACUGCAACAACCAUAUGUCCUGCCCACCAAACGCCAAGUGUGUGAACAACACCCACUGCACCUGCCUGGAUGGGUACCGGCCAAGAAAGUAUCGCUUCUUCACCAACACAACGGAGACCUGCAAAGAUAUUAACGAGUGUCUGUGGCCGAGGCCGCCAGACUGUGGACGCAAUGCAAUGUGCAUGAACACGGCUGGGACUUACUACUGCACCUGCAUCGAUGGCUACAAGCUCAGCUCUGGGAAAACCAACUUCACAGACGCGAGUGAGAACACCUGCCAGGGUAUUGACGAGUGUCAGGGCCCGAGCCCGGCAGACUGCGGACCCCAUGCAAACUGGACCAACGUGCCUGGGAAUUACUCCUGCACCUGCAUCGAUGGCUACGAGCCCAGCUCUGGGAAAGCCAGCUUCACACACGCGAGGGAGAACACCUGCCAGGACAUUGACGAGUGCCAGCGAAACGCCACAGUCUGUGAGCCCCACGGGAACUGCAUCAACAUGCCAGGGAGUUACAGGUGUAAAUGCAGUUGGGGAUUUGGGAAGAGUCAAAGGGAUUCGUCUAAGAUCUGCACAGACAUCGACGAGUGCCGCAAGACCCCAGAUAUCUGCGGCCCCAGGGCUACGUGUAUCAACACUAAAGGGAGCUACUGGUGUGAGUGCCGGGCCGGCUACGUCCCCUCCAACAGGAACGCGACCCUGUGCCAAGAACUCCAAGUCCCCAGCAUGAACUCCAGUGCUGAGUUUGAGGGAAUCAAAGAGACAUGCAGGAAUUUCUCUCUGCAGGUAAAGCAGAGCAGCGGAAACAGCAGUUGUUGCAAUUUCUUUAAUUCGACCUUAGAGAUUCUGAUGUCCACGUGUGGAGACGGGAGUGCGACGUUAUCACUGGAGAACACGACUCGCUCUUUCAACUCCCUCCUGAACAGCACCUCCCUCUGGGAGGUCAGAGACAAGCAGGAGGUGGGGUCGGCCGUGACGGUCCUGCUGCAGAGCGUGGAACUGGCCGCACUGGCCACUGCGCUCCAGUCCCCGGAGAGGACAACACAGAACGUGACGACAGAGUCUCUGGCUAUCCAGACGCGGCUCGUCACUGGGAACUGCAGCCGGGACAGCGAGGUCUUCACGCUGAGCGCUCACAACGACACGAUGGAAGUGCACUGUGAUACAGUCACCGGGGCAGCCACACAAGGUACCAUCCUGGGGAUGGCAACACCCAGGGCCCAAACCACGGCACAGAGCAGUUCCCGGGCAAUGAACCCCAGUCUGGGUUCCCCCGUUCUUCCCUCCCUCCCCAUGGAUCCCAUCCGCGAACUUCACCCUGCGCCACAGACAGCAAGGGUUUAUUUCCCUUUCCCUCCAACAGCAGGGCCUGUGCGUUUGGAGCAGCAGGAUCUGUGCUCUCUCUCGGCUCUCACCGGGAUGGCCCCAGUGGGCGCUGGGGCUGCGUGGGGAGAGCCGUGGAGCUGUAGGUGGCCUCGGGUUUGCUAUAGACAUGUGAUAACAGAAACGAUGUUUUGUGGUCCCGUGAGGAUGAGGAUGAUUCUGUUGUGUUUCCAGGCCAUAAAACAGGAGGAAGAGGCUCUCUGUGUCUACUGGAAAGUAGUGGCCGAGAGCGGCAGCUGGUCUCUGGACGGCUGCACCGCCGUGCACACGAACAGCACUCACACCACCUGCCGCUGUGACCAUCUCUCCAGCUUCGCCAUCCUAAUGGCUCCCACCACAGUGACGGAGAGUGAGCCACUGACCAUUGUCACCUACGUGAGACUGGCCCUCUCUCUGCUGUGCCUCUUCCUCGCCAUCCUCACCUUCCUCGUGUGCCGCUCCAUCCACAACGUCAGCACCUCCCUCCACCUGCAGCUCUGCCUCUGCCUCUUCCUGGCCGACCUGCUCUUCCUCACCGUGGUGACCCGCACCGGCAGUCGGGUGGCGUGUGCUGUCAUUGCUGGCUUCCUACACUACCUCUUCCUGGCCGGCUUCACCUGGAUGUUCCUGGAGGGGCUGCACCUCUUCCUCACCAUCCGGAACCUGCAGGUUGUGAAUUACACCAGCGCCAGCCGGUUCAAGAAGAGAUUUAUGUACCCGUUCGGCUACGGAGUCCCAGCCCUGGUGGUGGCUAUUUCUGCAGCGGUGAAUCCUGGAGGCUACGGAACUUCCAAAUACUGCUGGCUCAGCCAGGACAGAGGCUUUCAUUGGAGCUUCCUGGGUCCAGUCUGUGCCAUAAUCCUGAUAAAUAUAAUGUUCUUUGCCCUUACCCUGUGGAUCCUGAGAAACAGACUCUCCUCCCUCAAUGCAGAUGUGUCCACCCUCAGAGACCACAGGUUACUGACCUUUAAAGCCAUUGCCCAGCUCUUCAUCCUGGGCUGCACAUGGAGCCUUGGUCUCCUCCAAGUAGGACCAGCAGGCACGGUCAUGGCGUAUUUAUUCACCAUCGUCAGCAGCCUGCAGGGACCCUUCAUCUUCCUGGUGCACUGCCUCCUCAAUCGGCAGGUGAGAGAGGAGUACAGGAGAUGGAUCAAGGGAUUCCGAACGUCCAGCACGAAAUCUCAGACAUCCGAUCUAUCCAUGUCUGCUGUCCCCACCACCAGCACCAAGACGGAGUAACCCUUCUGCCAGGUGGAGGCGGCAACAACCAGGGCCGGGUUCAAUACCUAGCAGUUCCAAUACAAAACAGAACCAGCCGGAGCCCCCUGUGAUGUUGCACUCCCUACGCUUUAUGGAAAUAUGCUUCUGAAUAUGACAUAACUGGAAUAUGCUUUACGCUAAAUACCCCUUGUAGGGUGUCUUUAGAAAGCUUGUAAUCUACUAAGUGUGUUCAUCCUAUUUGUUUGCAUGUUUUAUUUCUAUAUCUGGAGUUAGGAGAAUAAGAUAUAAACUUGUAUCACUGAUGAAAAACAUUAAGUGGAGGCCAU